UACAGAUCCGCCACACGGAGUGAAAGGAGGAUAAGAAAGUGAUGAAGGCUUGAUGUUAGAGUGUUUUUUUUUUCUCCCAAGAAGGCUCGAGAACUGUUUGGUUGUAUUAAAGAGUGGCACACCAAAGAUUCACAGCAGCCAAAAUGCUCUGCCACGUUACUCGUCCGGAUUCGGUGGUGAUGGAAGUGGAAGUUGAUGCGAAGGCGAACGGUGAAGACUGUCUCAAUAAGGUUUGCAGAAAGUUGGGUGUAAUUGAAGUGGACUACUUUGGGCUGCAGUUCACAGGCAGCAAAGGAGAGAACCUGUGGCUGAAUCUGAGGAACCGCAUCUGCCAACAGAUGGAUAAUGUGGCGCCCUGUCGGCUGAGGCUGCGGGUCAAGUUCUUCGUGGAGCCCCAUCUCAUUCUGCAGGAACAGACGAGACACAUCUUCUUCAUGCACGUGAAGGAGGACCUCCACAACGGUCACCUGCGUAUGGCUUCGGAACAAGCAGAGGAGCUGAGUGCACUCCUGGCACAGGCAGAGUUCGGUGACUACAACCAAAACACAGCCCAGUACUGGUAUUCGGAGCUGUGUGGAGAGGAACCCAGCACUGCCACCAUCAACAGUAUCAUUUCUAGGCACAAAGCUCUGGAGGGCUUGAGCCAGGGCUCGGUGGAGUAUCAGGCCCUGCAGCUGGUAUCUUCUUUGGAGCACUAUGGCGUGGAGUGGCACUGGGCUCGCGAUGCUAAUGGUCAGCGGUUGGCUAUCGGAGUCGGACCAGAGGGCAUCGCCAUUUGCAAGGACGACUUCAGUUUAGUCAACAGGAUAAGCUAUCCCAUCAUCCAGAUUGCCACCCAGUCGGGGAAAAGCGUCUACCUGACAGUUACCAAGGACACAAAUGACAGCGUGGUGCUUUUUUUCAAGCUUAUCAGUAACCGGGCAGCCAAUGGUCUGUACCGGGCCAUCACAGAGACCCACGCUUUCUACAGGUGUGACACAGUCACCAACGCAGUGAUGAUGCAGUACAGCAGAGACUUUAAGGGCCACCUUGCUUCACUCUUCCUCAACGAAAACAUCAACCUGGGCAAGAAAUACGUGUUUGACAUCCGACGUACCUCCAAGGAAGUGUACGACCACGCUCGCCGUGCGCUCUACAACUCCGGCGUGGUGGACCUGGUGUCGCCCUCUGAAAGCGGCGAGCGCUCCUCUCCUUCACGCUCCCCAAACAGGGACGAGCAGCAGGACGAGGGGCUGGACUGUGGCAGCUGCCAGCAGAGCCGGGCCCUGCAGGAGCGGCUGCAGAAGCUCAGAGAGGCUCUGCUGUGCAUGCUGUGCUGCGAGGAGGAGAUAGACGCUGCGUUCUGCCCCUGCGGCCAUAUGGUGUGCUGCCAGACCUGCGCAAAUCAGCUUCAGUUGUGUCCUGUGUGUCGGUCGGAGGUGGAACAUGUGCAGCACGUCUACCUGCCGACCUGCACCAGCCUGCUGAGCCUGACGCUGACCAACAACCACCACCAACGCAGCAGCAUUCCCGCCCCCAUCCACAGAGACAUGGCAUCUCCUCACACCUGCUCCACCACCGAGUACGAACACAAGCUCUACCACACAUAGACGCCUGCGGUCCACCUACCAAACUCCACUAUGAACACUUUAAAGCUAAACCAGCCAGAUUUCAUGUGUUUCCUGUCUGGACUUCACCAACUACCAAACGUAUAGAAGCUCCUGAGCAUAAUCAAAGACACUCAGCUUUUGUGUGUUUUUAUUGUUCACUUUUGGACUGUCAGUUUGUCUGAUUUGGUUCUUAGUGUUGUUGUUGUUGUUGUUUAUGUAUUAUUCUGUUAAAGUUUUCUUUGUUUGAAACCCCUUCUCCCCACCACAGCAUUGUUUUAGAUUAGACUCUCAUUGUCCUCCUUGUUAAUUAAGUUAUUGCGUCAGUUGACCUGAUACAGAAUUAUGCUUUUGAAUUUUUAUUUUGGUUGUUUGCUCCAUAUCAGGCUCGUAGCCCCUGAACCUAUGUGUUUUAGAAUAGCUAAACACUGUACAUAAUUUUUAUUUUUAAAACUUCCUGAUAUUUUAAAACCUAUGUUUUGAUUUGAGGAUUGAAUUUCAUGGUGGAAUGGAGUGAAAUGCAUUAUUUUUAAAAACAUUUCAUUGUUUUUCAUGUUCCAUGUUUUCCAUGCCAAUGAUGGGGUUUUUAGAGGCUCAGCAGUACUGCUCCUGAAUAUACCGCAUGCUUAGACACAAAAGGAAACAUCGCUCUUUUUCUGGUAGUCUCGAGGUCACACUAGAGUCUUGAAGGGUCUUUUAGUCUUUUAAAACUGUAUCUUGCUCACACUCCCUCAACCUCUGAAUCUCAAUAAAGGGCUUGAUGACUGACUGCCAUUUCCAAAACAACAGGCCCGGUUCCAUAAACUGCUCCACUUCCACUUAUUAUCUAAAACGAGAUACUAAAAGGACUAAAAGACUGUUCUUAGUAAACACACAACCACAAUUCUCUCCAAAAAAAGGAAUUUGUCCAACAGCAGCUGCUUCCUCUGAACACCCCAGCUCUAAAUUUCUUCUCUCGGGUGUACUAGUGAGCUCUUUUUGAUAUUUUAAAGGGUACUAGGAGAUCUGUACGUGCAAUACUUGCUUGCUUUUUUGCCAAGCUUUUCAUUUUCAGUUUUAUUUAAUUUCAAAGACUGUAUUUAAUUUUUUUUUUUUUAAGCGACAUUGUCACUUUACCAAGGAAGUUUUCCACACGUCUGUCGGGGGUUUUGGCCUUAAUGUAGCAGCAACACAUGUUUAUUUUUACAAACUUUCCACAGACUCUUUUUGUUUUCUGGUAAGAAAAGGAAAAACCUUGUUUCUUUAAUGCUGGCACAGUUAUGCUCAGUCACUGCAGGGGAAGGACUUUUAUUUUUCACAUUGUACAAAGUAGCGAUUUGUUUCUGUUUUCUGAAGCAAAUGCCACUAUCUGUUCAAUAACUCCUAAGUCCUUUUUAUAUAUUCUGCUUUUAACAGAAGAGAAAGUAUUAAUAAAGUUUUUAAAAAAACAAA